CCGGCCGGCGGUGGUCGUCAUUAUGACGAAGUUUAUAUUGUUUUUAAUAUUAUCCACAUGUUUAUGUGAUGAAUUACAUGAUAGGUUAGAGCGUAAACGCUUUUACGAUACAAUUGGUGAAUUUACAUUAAAUCUUUUAAGGUUCUCCUACAGUGACGGUGACACGGAAGAUCUGUUAGUAUCACCUGUAAGUGUGUGGAAUUUAUUAGCGGUUCUAGACGUUGGAGCAGCAGGUAACACAGAAACACAAAGUCAAAUAUCACAAGUCCUCAUACAAUUGAACAAUAAAACAGCAUACUUUGCGGGAUACGAAUAUCUAAAAAAAGCACUGGUAGACACUAAAGUAGCAAAUGCAGAUUUACAGAAUCGCAACUUUGUAUUCUUAAAUAAUAGUUUUAUCAUACGAAAGGACUACAAAAAUACAAUCACCAACAAGUUUGAUGCUGUUAUACUCUCGACUUUACUAGUGCUGAUCGAGCUUCAAAAGAAGCUAAUACAAUAAUAGAAUCGUAUUUACCACGAAUUUUCAAACUAACUAGCCCCGAAGAUUUUCGUGAUGCAAUAAUGAUAAUGUGCAAUGGCGUAUUUUUCAACGGAUUUUGGAAAAAUCGUUUCCCCGUACUGGCAACAGUGGAAGAGACACACUACGACGAGAAACUGAAAAUAAAUCGUUAUGUCAGAAGGAUGCACCUCAAAGCUAAAGUUCCAUAUCUUGACAUACCGUACCUCAAUUCUACAGUUUUAGAACUGCCGAUCGGAGAUGAAGGGAAAUGGGUCAUGAUAUUUGUGUUUCCGCAUCGAGAUGUCCCUUUGAGCCAUGUUUACACUCAGUUGAGAUCAUAUUCACUUGACACUUUAGUUGAAAUUAUAGACAGGGAUGAAGUUCAAGAAGUCGACAUCAAACUCCCCAGAUUUCGUUUGGAAAGGCAAGUAGUUCUGACCAAACCUUUGGGUCAGAUGGGACUUCGUGAAGCUUUUAAAUUGGAUUUACAAGGUGGUUUUCUUGGGAUAGCAACCGAGGAUAUCUACAUCGGUGACUUCGAGCAUAUGGCCUCGAUAUUUGUGUCAGAAACUGGCGUAAGAGCGCUUGCAACCACUCCAGGCUUUGAUGGAUAUGCGAGUAAAAUACAUAAUGGUGGUUUAAAAGCAGAGAAGCCAUUUGUAUUCUUUUUGAUGGAAAAGCCUUCCAGGACACCUGUGUUCUGUGGGUCGUAUACUUUUGAAAGGUAUUUUUAAUUAUCUGUCAUGAUCCGUUUUCUGUCCUUU